GUGUUAUCUCUUUCUCUGCGACUACGAGAGAGAGAGAGAGAGAGAGAAAGAAAGAGGUUUCUUUCUAUUUGAUCUCUAAUUAAUGGUUGAUGGAUUAAGCUUCACAUCCAGAAGAAUGGGGAAACUGUACGUAAACGCAGUGCCCCCUCCCGAUCUGAACAAGAACACAGAGUGGUUCAUGUAUCCAGGGGUUUGGACCACAUACAUCUUGAUCCUCUUCUUCUCAUGGCUUAUGGUGCUUUCUGUCUUCGGUUGCACUCCUGGCAUGGCUUGGACCAUCGUUAAUCUCUGUCAUUUCGUCGUCACUUAUCACUUCUUCCACUGGAAGAAGGGAACACCAUUUUCUGAAGAUCAGGGUAUAUAUAAUGGAUUGACUUGGUGGGAGCAGAUGGACAACGGCAAGCAGCUCACUCGCAAUAGGAAGUUUUUGACUGUUGUACCUGUGGUGCUGUACUUGAUUGCCUCGCACACAACUGACUACCAACAUCCGAUGCUCUUCCUCAACACCCUUGCAGUUUUUGUACUGGUGGUUGCCAAAUUCCCAAACAUGCACAAGGUCCGCAUCUUUGGAAUCAAUGGAGACCAAUGAUUUGGCCCAUAUAUGACUAGACACUGUGGUUGUACUGUAAAAGCCUUUGAUCGUUCAUGGUUUAUAUUCCUGUACAGGAGUCAGGAUUGGCUGGGUACUUUACUGUUUCUUUAUCCUUUCUUUUUUUUUUUCCUUUCUUUUUUUUUCGACAAGUGAGCAUUUUGUUUAGCAUUGACUGCUUUUUCAAAGCUAUAUCUGUCUGUUAGAUAUAAGAAUAAUAAGUGUAUUUCAUAUCCUCUGUACAGUGAAAUUUCCCCUUCUCCGGGAGAAUUUUUAGUGCUGUUAUUAUCAUCUUAA